AUGCGUGUUGUGAAAAAGCAUACGGCGGAUGAAGACAUGCAAACUGCAGUUGCUCUGUCCUUGUCCGUAGUCGAAGAAGAUCGGCAACGAAAACUUGAAGCGAAAUUGGGGGAAAAGCUUCAUCCGUCCGAUGCGGAAGUUCCCAAGCGUUUCAAGAAGUCGAACGCUCUGAUAAUGCGACGGUUACGCAGAAAAUACUGGAGUUCACCGCAUCUCUGGAAUUUGGCUAGUCAUUCAAGCACGAAAGAGCAUUCGUCUCCCGGAAAAGAUCAGCAAGACUCCAGCUUGUUUUAUGUGAGGGCACUCGUUCCACCGAUCAGUCCCACAAAAUCACGUUGGGGAUCGAAUUUGCUAUCCCUUUCGCAAAUUCCUGGUCGUUCGGCCACCAAGGAUAAACACCAAACUGCAAGAGCAGAGGACGAAUGUGUUGUGGACGAGCUUUAUACAAAAGCCGACGAAAUACAGUAUCCGACGAACACCCCCGAAGCUUACGCCUCUGUCCCAUGUCCUCGUUCGUCGGCGCUCCAGAUAACAAGUCGUUUCCAUUCCCUGGUCGGUCGAAGCAUAUGCGCAGACAGUUGGCUCAUACUGGAUACAGGCGACUUGAUUCCUGUCCAUCGGUUUGUUUUCGCAGCUUGGGACAUUUUGGAUACGGUGUUCCCGGACCACUUGGACACGAGUUUCGCUCCUGGAGUGAGUCGGGAGGAACUGACGGAAUUGUUGCAUUGCCUUUACGCGGGCGAUGAAGAUCAAAUGCUAACCAACACAAAGACAUGGACCGCCGCCACGUGGUCACUGGCUCGUCGCUGGGGUAUUUUACUGCCUCAUAUGAACUCGUCGUCAUCCCCAUCAAGUAAUCCCGCAAUCAACACACCUUUGAAACAGGCCUGUCCGGAACUCCCCACGGGGAGUACGAACGUGUUCCGAGGGAAAAAAGAAAGCAGUCCGACUGGAGCUGUGUGCACAGCAGUCGUGUAUUCGAAACCGGAAUCGCACUCACCCAAAACGCAACUGAUCACGCCCGGUUCCGAUCCGAAUGAAAAGAUUCUGUCCAGUGUCACUCUUUCACCGCAAUUCAGCCGGGAUCUGUUCUCACCCGAAGAUGGUAGCUUCAGUCUGAACAAUAUAUCUUCUGUACAGGAGCAAGAGGUGGAAGCACCGGAUGCGCCAACCACGUCUGCAUGUGCCCUCAUUCAACCGGAUCCACUGUUUGAAGACCAGCCGACACCAUGCCCGCUGUUCAAACGCUUGCGUCUUUCCGAAGAAACAUCUGGUACAGGCACCGAAGUGCCAGACCGUGGUGGUUCUGUGACCAGUUCUUCAUCACCCGCGCGAUUCAACAACGAGAGUCUCGUAUUCACACCAAUGUGCAUUUUCCCCGAUCAAAAACCUAUCUCCGGUACACCGCAAACAGACUGUGCAAUAGUUAUGGACUGCCAGACACCGAUUACCCCACUCCCAAAUUACAUUGAAAUGAUGACUCCGGAACUGAAGGUGUGUGAUGAUUUUUCCCACUCAUACUUCCUUGUUAUUGAAUGUUAUAUUUCAAUUUCGCUGAUGUGA